AUGCUACAGUACGACAGUGCUUCAUUUCCUGUUGUUGUGUCAGCGUUUAUUGGAGAUGCAUUAACAGGAAAUUUUACUGUGAGGACCAACGGUGUGCAUACACAAGACGGGGGAAUAUAUAGGCUUGGAGUAAAUCAAGGAGCAGCAGACACGGACACAGAACAGUGUUCCAUAGUAUUUGUUUUAGGUACACCACAGAAGGCAACUCUUUCCUCGGACAAUAACAACGUUAUUGGAAGGAAAAGCGAAUUAAUAUGCAAUAGUUUAUCAACAACAUAUCCAAGUAAUCACACCUUAAAUUUUACCUACAACUGGAAAAUCAAUGACGUUUCUAGUCCUGCCAACAGCAGAUACUACUACUCGUCUUCAAAGAAAACUCUUAUUAUAAUGAAUGUGUCUAGAGAAGAUGCUGGCAAGAGAUUUAAAUGCAGUGCUACAGAAUCUGGAGAUGGUGUUACUGGCUAUACUUCCGACUACAGUGACGAGUUCAUAUACACAGUGAUUUAUGGACCUGAUGAGUGCAAAUUAAGUUUGAGUUCUCCGCUUACACUGGAGGAAGGGGAAACCUCCUCUACAAUAUCCUGCAGCUCGGAAUGUUAUCCUCCUUGUUCUUAUAGAUGGAGAAACGUUUCUGCUGGAAUUGUUAUUGGGGCAGAUGGAAAAUUUCAGCUCGAAAAAGCGACAAGAUACCAGACUGGGAAUUAUGAAUGCACCUGUAGAAACAAUGCUACAGAAUAUACGAAAACACACACCUCUACUUUGCAAAUUGUUGUGCAACAUACAUCAUUUUUCGUAGAAGGAAACGAAGGCCGGAAUGAAAUAACUGUUGACGAAUAUAACGAAGACGUGCGAUUCAAAUGUUUAAUUACUACUCAAUGGGAAUCAACUGUCCAGAUUAUGUUUCAAGGUGUCAUAUUAAAAGAACAGUUUCAAACAAGGUCCUUGUCGUUUUCUUAUAACAGCAUAACGUGUCUUCAUGCUGGUAUUUACACUUGUGGAGGAAAUAAUGAGUAUGGAAAAGUUCCUAGCGCAACGAUUAAGGUAUUCGUGCGAUGUUCUCCUCGACCACUUCGGCAAACAAAUCAGAAUUUUACCGGUUCACUGUAUGAAUCUGUGACACUGAAUUUGUCCACGUUAGCCUAUCCAGAGCCAGGUUCCACAGGGUUUUUAUGGCACAAGGAAAGUGGGAUGAGGUGGAUAUCUUUACGGAGUAAUACCGAUUUGCUGAUAUCUUCGUCUGGAUUGCAUUCUAGUCUCACGAUCAUGAAUGUCUCACAACAAGACUAUGGACAAUACCGAGUGACAGUGACUAAUGCCAUUGGCAGUUAUGAACAUUACCUAUUUCUUGUAGAUAGGAAUGAACAGAAAAACGAAAGUACCACAGUCAAUUGUACAGUAGAAACAGAUAAGACGGGACUAAUCGUCGGAAUAUGUUUUGGCAUACUGAGUGCAGUAUUGACUGUCUAUUCAACAUUUAUUACCAUUGCCCUGAAAAGGAAGACAUCAAAUACAGGAACCCAGUCAAAGGAAGAGUCGACUAAACAAACGACAUACAUAAAUGUAGCAGAAGGGGGUACAAGCAGAAAUGACAGUGGUUCAAGUGGAAACAAAAACAACUCUAUAGAGCUAUAUACAGAUUUAGCGCGAAGCUCUGUGGAUGACAAGACAACAUAUGAUGUUAUUCAAAAGAUUUAGAAGCUGGAAAAUGAGGUUUUAAAAAGGACUUCUUUUAAACCAAUGGGCUUUUGGACUUUUCACUGUUUUAGUAAAUAUGCAAUUACAUACUUUGUACUAAAUAUGGCAAUUUACAAACUUGUACUUUAUAAUUCUAGAAAUGUCAUCAAAGGAGUGCUAAAUUGAUAACGUCUUUGGUGAAAUGAGUAGAUUAUGUGAUCCGCAAACACAAUACAUGUUAUAAUGUUAUGACCUCGCGGACAUUGCACGAUGUCGUAUACACUAUGCAUAUUACUAUCAUAUAUCUAGGAAUAUUGCAGCAUAUUUGAUCUGAUGGUAUAUAUAUUGAAAUAACAUUAUGCCGUGUAUUGAGUCAACUUCGUUUUGAUUACAAACAUAUAGGAUAUCGAAUGGAGGGAAUGUUACUGCCAUUGAUGUAAGCUGUUUGCACACUUUUUUUUGUGAUUUUAUUAUAUCAUUGAAGGGAAAUUCUAGUUGCAGACGAGUUCUUAGAACAUGUUUAUUUUUGAGCGAAU